GGUAAUCGUAUCCGGAUACAACUUUGGAUAUGGCAACGUCGGAAACUUCGGCCACGACGGCAUUGGCGACCCAUCCCAGCAUCCUUUUGCUGGGCGACUCGAUCACGGAGCAAGCAUGCAACCCCACCACCGACGGCUUUCAUAGCCUGCUUGCGCGCGACUACAUUCGCCGGUUCGACGUGGUGAACCGUGGCCUGAGUGGCUACACCACGACAUGGAUGCUGGACUUACUUCCUACGAUUCUUCGAGAUGCGUAUGCACACCGCAGCCCUCCGCAUCUCGUGACGCUUUUCCUUGGCGCGAAUGAUGCCGCAACUGACGACUCGCCACAGCACGUUCCACUGGCUGUAUUCGAAGCGAACCUUCGGGCGAUUGUCGCAAUGCUUCACCAGUGGUUUCCGUCGACAAAAGUACUACUCAUCACACCACCACCAGUCUCCGACUCGAAUCCUUUCGGUCGUGAAAACGACGUCACAGGCCGCUAUGCUGCCGCGACUGUCGCUGUGGGAAACGAACUUGCCGUGCCUGUCUUGGACGUCUGGGCGCUCUUCCAAGCUGAAAAAGACUCGUACUUGUCGGACGGACUCCACUUGAACGCCAAAGGCAACUUCGCUGUCUACACUGCUCUCACCAAGCACAUUGCCCACCACUGGCCAGACCUUUCCGCUGACAGAGCUCCAUUCGCGUACCCAACCUGGCGAACGAUUGCCAAAGUGUAGAGCGUAGUCAUGCGCAUAGAAUUGAUAUGGGCAGUGUUACCUCCUGGAUGCUUUGUUCCGCAUGGGAGUAGAAUAAACUGAAGGCGCACUGCUCCGGCGCCAAUGUCGGACCUACAACCUUACCCAAUGCUCAUCCGCUUUUUGUACCUGCUCAAGGUUUCUCGUACACGCGCCGAUGAGCCUCUCAGCGCUUGUCCUGCAGCUCCAAAUGGAAUGUCACAUCUCG